GCAGCAGUGUCGGUGACGUCAGUGAAAACGCGCAUGCGCAGCAGCAGAAAGCUCCAGUAAAGACUCCGACUCAUCGUGUGAAGAUGAGCUCCAUCGGCACCGGGUACGACCUGUCGGCCUCCACCUUCUCUCCAGAUGGUCGAGUGUUCCAGGUGGAAUAUGCGAUGAAGGCCGUGGAGAACAGCAGCACGGCCAUAGGUAUCCGCUGUAAGGAUGGUGUUGUGUUCGCAGUGGAGAAGCUUGUUCUGUCCAAACUGUACGAACAGGGAGCCAACAAACGCAUCUUCAACAUCGACAGACACGUGGGCAUGGCUGUAGCUGGCCUGUUGGCUGACGCUCGCUCGCUGGCUGAAGUCUCCAGAGAAGAGGCCUCCAGCUUCAGAUCAAACUACGGACACGACAUUCCCCUGAAGCACCUGUCUGAGAGAGUGGCCAUGUACGUGCACGCCUACACACUGUACAGCGCCGUCAGGCCGUUCGGCUGCAGUUUCAUCCUUGGCUCCUACAACAAAGACGACGGUCCCCAGCUCUACAUGGUCGACCCGUCAGGCAUCUCAUACGGUUACUGGGGCUGCGCCAUCGGAAAAGCAAAACAAGCCGCCAAGACAGAGAUUGAAAAACUGCAGAUGAAGGAGAUGACGUGCAGAGAACUGGUCAAGGAGGUCGCCAAGAUAAUCUACAUCGUUCAUGACGAAGUGAAGGACAAAUCGUUUGAGCUGGAGCUCAGCUGGGUCGGAGAAGUCACAAAUGGACGACACGAGCUGGUACCUAAAGAUGUUCGAGAGGAAGCAGAGAAAUACGCCAAGGAUUCUUUAGAGGAGGACGACGACUCUGAUGAAGACAACAUGUAGACCCGUCCCCCUGCGUCCCCGCCCACAUCUCGGACUCUGCCCUCAAUCUUUUAUAUUGUUCACUUUUGAUUUGAGAAAAUAAAUAAAGUUUGAAAACAGUUGAA